AUGGUAGAUUCUUGUUCUUGGGUAGCUCAACCGUCUGAAGAGUUCACUGUGGCAUCAGUGUGGAAGUGGAUGGAAGCAAGGCAAGGGGUAGAUAUUACAGUAACUAGGUGUAUUUGGAUCAAUUUAGCCCCUCCCAAAGCUCAAUUCUUGAGUUGGCUAGCGUGGAGAGGAAGGUUAAAGUGUUCUAAAUUUUUGCAAAGAAUUGGAGUGUUGAGCCCAAAUGUUUCUUCUCUCUGUGUGUUUUGCAAAUAUGAGUUGGAGACUGUUAAUCAUGUGUUUCUUCACUGCCAUUUCAUUUGGAAAUUGUGGGCCAAUUUGGUGAACUGGUGGAAUUACAAAUGGGUUAGCCCUGGAUCAGUGGAGGGUUUAUUUCUGUCAUGGCCAGGUAUAAAAAUGAAGAAGAAGAUGCUAACAGUCUGGAAAACACUGCCGGUAGCAGUUAUGUGGUCAGUGUGGAGAAGCAGAAAUGACUGUGUAUUUAACAAGGUGCAACCGGAUUGGAUUGCUCUGGCAGAGCUAAUAAAGUCUGAGUUUUUCUGGUUACGGCGAGGUGUUCAGCUUGAUGCAGCUCAUGGUAUGCUCUCAGAAUUAGCAGGGGUGGAUGCUUCAGAGGAGGUUGAUUCAGAAUGUGCAGAGGAGUUUGUUCUUGGCCUGUUUGAAGUUACCACCCCUCAACUUGAAAUUCUUCCUAUUACUGAAAUUUCGAAGCUUAUUGCUGUUGCAAAAAUUGUUAUGAAAUUUGUUGUUGGUCUUCCCAUUUUCAACUAA